GUUCUCUUUUAGUGGACACUCCCCCAUCUUGCCUCACACACCCUCCGUCUGAAGGCUGAACUGCAGUCCUGCCACAGGCUGUUGAAACCGGACAACUCCGCUGCCAAGGUGGAGAGAUUAUCUGUGAGAGAAGAUCAGAGGAGGGUCUCAGUUACAGAAUAUCUGACACUCCCUCAUUAUCAACAUGGGGGCCGUCAUCUCACGGUGGAAGGCGAAACCAUCCACUGUGGAGAUUUUGGAGGGAAUCGAUAAGGAUAUACAGAUUCUUGAAGAAUACAGUGAGAAGUAUCAAAGGCAGUUGAAGAUAUGGGUCGGGCGACUGCUUCUGUACUCGUCUCUUCUCUUCCUGAUCACAUGUGUAGUUGUGUAUUUUUGGUACCUGCCUGAACAGUUGAUAGGACGGUUCAUAUUGUCUCUCCCCUUCGUACUAUUUCCGUUCUUAGUUUGGUUACUUCGAAAAAUGCUUAUAAUCAUUUUUUCACGAAGAACUGAAAAAAAUAAUGACAAAUUAGAGGAUCUUAAAGCCCAAAAAAGAAAAAUACUUGAAGAAGUUAUGGAAACUGAGACGUAUAAAAAUGCUAAAAUGAUACUGGAGAGAUUUGAUCCUGACUCCAGGAAAAAGAUGGAGCUUGAAUCCACUCCUAUUGGACCUCAGAUGACUCCAAAACCAGGACAAGAGCUCCGCCAGCGCAAUGUCAUCCCUAAGACCCCCACAGUGGUGGCGAAUCCUGCAAGCGGAGCUGCUGCCCGCCCCCCUCUUGCCUCUGGGCCCACCUAUCCUGGACGAUCUUCCCACUCUGCUCCAGGUGGACCCCCAGAGAGGGUCCUGUCGGCUAUAGCUGCUCAGCAGAGCUUGAUGAGGAGGCCUGUGACCCCUGGAACACCUGUUCCAGGAGUCGGAAUGCACCCCCCAGGCCCGCCCCUGGCCAGACCUGUGCUCCCAAGGGAAAGGGGUGCUAUGGACAGAGUCAUUGAGUAUCUUGUUGGAGAUGGCCCUGGGAACAGAUACGCUCUCAUAUGUCAGCAGUGUCUGUCCCAUAACGGCAUGGCAUUAAAAGAGGAAUUUGAAUACGUUGCCUUCCGAUGUGCGUAUUGUUAUUUCUUGAACCCUGCAAGAAAGACCAGGCCUCAGGCACCCAGACUACCCGAGGUCACUGGUGACCUGAAGCUGUCAUCUGAGGCACCAUUACCAUCGUCUGGUGCUGACGAAGAUGACGACCAGUCUGUUUUAGAGAAAAGCAAGCUUGCUGAUGUGUCUGCCGAAUCAGACACUCAAGAGCCCAGCACACCAACAACCACAGAGCCGAGCUCCGCGUCAGACAGCCAAACCACCCCAGAGUCACAAGAUCUGCCCUCUGAGAAAUCUGAUGAAGAGCAAGAUUUGUCUGCCAUGGAAGUGGAAUAAAAUUUCAAUACAAGUCAGGCUGAAACUUUGUUUCCUUGAAGAAAUGUGAGAACAGUUAACUAAGUAGAUGCCUUGAGUUGGAAUAAUGCAGUAACAAGUCAGCAGCUGAUGUGAUUUCCAACUUACAGUACAGAUUAUCCUUUCUUUUGAGAAUUGCUUUUAUAAUUCUAGCAAUAGUAAUGAAUUUAAUAUUAAAUUGUAUAGCACUCGCAUGGUAGUAACCGCCAAAAAAAACCUCCUUUCUUGUAUGAUGACAUGUUUAUUUUCAUAACAUCGUACUGAGAACAUUAAGAACGAUGUUAAAAUAAUGUUGUUGUUUUUGAUGUUUUAUAGCUAAAUCUUUUUCCAUGUAUUCUUUGUUUUUCCUCAUUUUAUUUGAUUUUGACUGAAUUUCUACCAUUAUUCUGUCUGGGUUAAUUGGAAACAGCGGAAACAAAACAAGAAAUAUUUUGUGGGGGAAAUCAAUUAUUUAUUUAUGGGAAAUUAUUUAUAAAUAUUUUUCUAUAAUGGUGUGCCUUUCAUGACGGGGUUGACAAGGCUACCCUGCAGCAUGGUGUUGCUAACAUGUUUACACAACCAUGGUACCAUAGUAAAUGGACAUACAGUAUGUAUUUAUUGGUAAAAAGGGAGAAAAGGAGAUUGAUGUCAGUACUGUGCACCUGCCCUAAGUGACUUUUAUAUUUAAGUCUCUGCCUCAGAGUAUUGUCGAUGAAACCUAUUUACAUAUAGACAAUAGUCAUUUAACUGUUUACAGGCAAUAUGUGUUUUCUGACUGUAUGAAUCCCUGUUCUGUAUAAAUAAUACUAAAUAAACUUUUGAGAAUA